AUGGCACGAGUUUCUUCAGAAAUUCAAGAUGUUUCUCCUGGAGAUGGAUCAAAUGACUCAGAAGCCUACAUUGGACCUCCAUCAUGUGAGCACAUAUUCCCUGAGGACAGAGAGCUAAGAGCCAUGAUUGAAGAAGAAGCCUUUCUUGUUUUGUCUAAAGAUUCCUUGAAAAAAAGACAACAUUACACAGUUUGUGUCUCUGAACCAGAUGAAGAUAAUGACUUCCUUUCUCUCACCUUUCCUAGAAAACUUUGGAAGAUAGUUGAAAGUGACAAAUUUAAGUCUGUUUGGUGGGAUGAGAAAGGAACAUCUAUAGUCAUUAAUGGAGAACUCUUUAAGAAAGAAGUUUUGGAAAGAAAGGGCCCUUUCAGAAUAUUCGAAACUGAUAGUAUGAAGAGUUUAGUUCGACAGCUUAACCUUUAUGGAUUUAGAAAAAUGAGACAGACUUUCCAAAGAUCUGCUUCUCUGGCUGAUUUUCUGGCAGAAGAAAAAGAAGUGUCUGUUUUAAGCAAGCUACACUUCUAUCAUAAUCCAAAUUUUAAACGUGGGUGCCCACAACUUUUGGUAAGAAUGAAAAGAAGAGUUGGGAUUAAAAAUUCUUCUCCAGCAUCUUCUUCAUCAGUGCAAGAUUCCAACAAGAAGCAAUUUAGAGCAGGUAGUAACAUGGAUUAUAAUUCUGGUUUAGUUGCCGAAACUACUAGAGAAAAUGUAUCAUCAACCUCUACAAAUUUAAAUGAGCCUCUAAUAAUGAAGCCUUCUUCCAGCCAGCAAAUUGCUGUUACAAAUGAACAGACCACAAGUGAUUUUUCUCCUCCAUCAUCAAGUUUAGCUAGACCAUCAGAACAAGUUGCAACAGAGCAACAUGCUAUUUUAAAUCGAUUGAACACUUAUCAUAUGCACUCAUAUGGCAGCUAUGCUCGAGGAAAUGGCCAGAUUGUGAAUUAUGUCACAUCUACAACUUUUCAAUACCAGAUCAUAUCUCCCUUACAGAACAAUUAUUUUGGACUGAUGAUGCAGCCUACUACUUUUCCAACAAGAUAUCCUGGAUUAUCAGCCAAUGAGCCACUUUUACCUAACCUGUUACCAUCAGGAAACCCGUGGUUUCCCCUAACCAUGAUAGCUGAUACAUCUGCUACCUCUCCUUCAAGUUCAAUUCAUCAACCAUCUUCAUUGUACCAGCAGCCUCCUAAUUACAACUGGUCCUCUCCCUAA